AUGUUUCAAUCGAGGAACACUCGCGUGAACGUCGAGAGGCUGAAGAUUGAAUGCUCCAAAUACUUCGGCACGGAGGGUCUGGGUAGGUACUGGAUCCCCGAAUGCCUGAGCUAUGCACACACCUUCCUCAGCACCCUCUACAUGGCUUCCGCAUACGAUGAUGUCGUUCACAAUCGAGAAAUAGAGAGUUUGGAAACCGCGGCACUGCGCCAAGAUGUCAUACAUUUCGUAGGUGGUCACCUCACCGACGUGGAGCAGAGUGUGGCGGAUCACAAUAUCAUCGCCGUCAGCCAACUCAUACUGGGGGACGUCAUAAGCCGCGCCGAUUUAGGUCUACGCUACCACCAGAUGGGCAUUGCCAAAAUGAUCGAGCAGCGCGGUGGACUUCAAACCUUGGGUGUCAACGGCCAGCUAGCAUCUGCAGUCUCGUGGGCAAACCUCGCGACCGCGGCUUUGCAGGAAGCCUCUCCCACUCGGAUGUAUGUUGACUACUGCGAGAUGCGGGCGUUAAAGACAUAUCCUUUGAUCGCUACGAUACCGGAAUCGCCGCUAUACCAUCCACACGGCAAAUUCAUGACGAUCGAGAGGUCGGCAAACUGUAAUGCGAAUGCGCAAAAACUCCUGGAAGACGUUCGCACGAUGAUGGAGGACCUGCUUGACACCAAUAGCUCGAGGCGUGCAGGCAGCUCUAACAAAUCGCGCAGUGCCUACGACCGCAUCAUUCGAUUUCGGUCUGUACAGCCCUCCCGCAAAACAUCCAUACUGAAAACGAAAGACUGGAAGUAUGAGGCAAUUCGCCUCGCUGCGAUCGUCCAGGCUCAGGCUAUGUUCGAUCAAGUGCCCCUGUCGGAGGCGCUCGACCGUUCAAGCUCAUCGGACGUUCCCCUUCAACAAGAAGUGUUGAUGCGUGAAGUCAGCGGAGAUACCAUCCUCCAACAACUACGAGACGCCCUCGAGAACUCCGACCUUUCAGACUGUUGGUCCGAUAUGGCCGGAGUGCUACUGUGGAUUGGCUUGGUCAUGGGAGCCGCGAGCAACAACAGCAAAGACAAGAUCGUGCGAAGAUACUUCUCUGCAACAACAAUGCGGGCAUGCAUCAUGCUGUGCUUUGAGCAUCCUGAAGCAAUUCAUUCCACGAUGCUCAGAAUGACUGAUCUUAUUGCAGCCUUAGGCAGAAAGUCCAACGAGGGUCAAAUGAUAAGGAACGACAGCUUCGUGUCGAGGAAGCGAUCGAAAAAUUGA